UUCUUAAAGAAAAUAUCAGAAGUUUCACUGAUAAAUAUGGAAUCACUUUAGAUAUUUUUUAGAUUUUUUUAGAAGAUUUUUACUCAUUUUAAAAAAAUAUAUAUAUUUGCAAGAAUUUUCUUCCCAAAUUUGGGGGAUUUUUAAAAAUAAAACUUAAGGGAAACUUUUAAAGAAUUAUUGGAAUUUUCUUCCUGAAGUUUUUGCAAAUUUUCAGAAAUUCGGGGAAUUUUUUGCUGAUUUUUUGGGGGGAUUUUUUCAGACAAACUAUUUUUUGGUGCAGGAGGGUUAAUACAUCUCAAAUUAGGAGGUUACAUGAAAGCAAAAAUCUAUUUUUGAGUAAAAAACUAUUCUCUUCAGCAUGUCUGUCUUAUUUUAAAACACCUAAGCCUGACACUCGUGAUGAAAUACAUCUAAAAAAUAAGUUUUCCAGCUAAUUUUGAGAUCUGAAGAUUCUAAAUGUCACAUCUUAUUUCUAGAAAUCAUUCCAAGCCAUUUUUUCUCUUGUUCUAUUGGCAGAUUUUUUUCACUUAUUUUAAGGUAAAUGUUCCUUGAAAUAAGCUUUUUUUCUUGUUGUGAGAGGAGCAUUUUUUCCAGUGUGGUGGAAAACUGUCCUUUAAACCGACAGAUCCUCAAACAGUUUACUGGUAUGAAAGUAGAAGCUGCUUCUUCACACCUUCAGAUGAUCAUGACGUGUCCCUCACACACUCGACCUACACGCUGACAGCACUCACACACGGUGAGUCAUGUCUGAGGUAUGAGGUGUCCUCGUGGAUCGUGGAUAUUUACCCAGAAUGCUCGGCGCAGGAUGCUGCAGAACGCUGUCAAACAUUCAGCACUUGGCUGCUUGUGUGUCUUUUAACAUUCCUGCUCACUGGACUGUAAAACUGAGGACAUGAGACAGAAACAUCACAUGAACAGUAACCCAUGUACCCCCCCAGCAGGAAGGCUAAAGUCCACAGCAGCAGCGAAAUGGUUUAAACGGCUGAGAGCUGCUCUGUAACGUCUGUCUUCUUAAAUGAGUCUGUAACCCCUAAAGUUCUUCUCGUCUCUGUCUCAGGCCUGGAAGAGGCGUUGGUUCGUGCUGCGAAGCGGUCGGCUCAGCGGAGAACCGGACGUCCUGCAGUACUACAAGAACCAGCAGUCCAGGCGGCCAAUCAGAACCAUCAACCUGAACCUGUGUGAACAGAUGUGUCUGUAGGAGACUAGAUGAAGUCUGAUGAACUCCUUCAGGUGGACGCUGGUCUGUCCUUCACCAAGAAGGAGCUGGAGAGCAGCUUUGUGUUCGACCUGAGGACGGAGGAGAGGACCUGGUACCUGGUGGCCGAGUCCGAGGAGGACAUGAACCGCUGGGUGACGUCCAUCUGCCUGCUCUGUGGCUUCAACCCCACCGACGACGGAACCAUUCCAGACAGACCUCCCACCUCCACCUCCGUCCCGUCCACGACCCCGACCGGUGGCACCGCCUCCAUCGCCACGGUAACGGGCUCGGUCCCGCCGCCGUACGACCCGGUGAGCGUGCGACACCUGGAGAACGACGGCAGCUCGGAGGACGAUUACCUGUGGUUGUCUCACUGCCAGAGUCACAUCAGGCCUCCUUUAGGUUCGUCCACGUCUCUGGAGACAGACUACAGCGAUGGUCUCUACCCUCCUGCUGCCUCCUCCUCCUCCUCCUCUUCCUCCUCCCCACUCCUCCCCAACAGCCUCCCGCCUCCUCCCCCCUCUGGCUUCAGGACCGCCACCUGGACGGCUGCCGUGGCGACGAGCCCCUUCAGCCAAUCCCUGGACGCCGGCAUGACGUCCGAGCCCCAGCGACGGGCCAGGCUUCGCUGCCACCCCUCUCCCCACCCCAGGAAGCACUCUCUGGACUUCCACCUGCGACCCGUGGCCAUCCCCCUGGGAGACGACGCCACACCUCACCCCUCCCUCACCCCCAGCGGGUACCAGAUCCCCCGCCCGGCCUCCACCCCUCAGCCGCCGCCCCCUCGCCGCCCAUCUUCCACCCCCAGCGUGGAUUCUCUGAGCCCGGCGGAGCUCCACGCCUCCACCCCGGCUCCUCCUCCUCGCCCGCCCAAGCCGCCCGCCAUGGCGGCCCAGGGGGAGGGCUCCUCGGCGGGCACGAGGCCGACCACGCUGCCCCGGACCAGCUCGGAGCCGGAGAGGAGGGAGGAGGAGGGCGGAGGAUACCUGCCGAGGAGCAACACCAUCACCACACCUGGACGCCUGCAGACAGGCGGUGAUUCCUCCUCUGUUCCUCGCUCUCUGUCCGACAGAGCCAGCAUGUUUGAGUUCAGCGAGAGCUUCAGCAGCUACUUUAUCAAUAAAGGUAUGGUGCCUCUGGGCAGCGUCUGCUCUGAAGACGACGACGUGGACGAAAACUACGUCCCCAUGAGCGCCGCCACCACCGAGCCGCCGGUCGCUGCCAGGUUGCCUCCAGCUCCUCCCUCUGACUCCGCCCACCUCCAUGACGGGAACUACGUCCCCAUGACGCCCCUCACCCCUCACCUGCCCUCCGCUGCAGGUGACCCGGCCUCUCUGGGCCGACAGGUGCCUCCACCCGCCCACAUGGGCUUCAGAAACCCCCCGCUGACCCCUCCACUCCGUAGGAACACCGUGACGGACGCCACGCCGCCGCCGAUCCUCCGCAACCUGAAGCCCCAGCGCAGAGGAGUUUGUGUGAACCAGACGGUGGAACGAAGCGACUUUCAGACGACAGCAGAGCCCAAAACAAGAGUGAAACCAGCUCCUCUGGACAUCAGCCCCGUCACUCAGGACUGGCAGGAAGUCCCGCCCCCUGUUCGCUCACCUGUCACUCGAACCUUCACACGAGAUCCGUCCAGCCGUCGGUCGGUCCGUCCCACCUCGGCUCAGAGCUCCUCCCCUUCCUCUGACUCUGACGACCCUGACGACAGCUACGUCGCCAUGACGACCUCCAACCUCAGCUUCAGCGCCGGCGAGUCGUCUCUGAGGCUGAUGCUGCACCGGGCCUCAGAGGGCGGAGUCAGCAGCCCGUUGCUACGGCGAGCCAGAGGAGACAAACAGGUGGAGUACCUGGACCUGGACCUGCACACGGGCCGCUCAGCACCCAGCAGACAGAAACGCUGCACGGCUGAAGGAGGAGUCGGCGGCAGCGACUCCUCUGGAGCCGGCGAGGAGCGUGCACGAGGCGAGCGUGCACGUGUGGACUAUGUGGUGGUGGAUCCCAAACGGACCAAAGCUCUGAGGAACACCAGGGAGGCCUGGCAUGACGGGAGGAUGUCCACAGAGAAGGACAAGAGCUAGCACACAGGAAGUAAUAGAUUACUGCAGACAUUACUUCAGACACAGAGUAAGGACACAGGAAGUAAUAGAUUACUGCUGACAUUACUACAGACAGAGCUAGCACACAGGAAGUAAUAGAUUACUGCUGACAUUACUACAGACACAGAGCAAGGACACAGGAAGUAAUAGAUUACUGCUGAUAUUACUUCAGACGCAGAGCAAGGACACAGGAAGUAAUAGAUUACUGCUGACAUUACUACAGACAGAGCUAGCACACAGGAAGUAAUAGAUUACUGCUGAUAUUACUUCAGACGCAGAGCUAGGACACAGAAAGUAAUAGAUUACUGCUGACAUUACUACAGACACAGAGCAAGGACACAGGAAGUAAUAGAUUACUGCUGACAUUACUACAGACAGAGCAAGGACACAGGAAGUAAUAGAUUACUGCUGACAUUACUACAGACACAGAGCAAGCACACAGGAAGUAAUAGAUUACUGCUGACAUUACUACAGACACAGAGCAAGCACACAGGAAGUAAUAGAUUACUGCUGACAUUACUACAGACACAGAGUAAGGACACAGGAAGUAAUAGAUUACUGCUGACAUUACUACAGACACAGAGCAAGCACACAGGAAGUAAUAGAUUACUGCUGACAUUACUACAGACACAGAGCAAGGACACAGGAAGUAAUAGAUUACUGCUGACAUUACUACAGACACAGAGUAAGGACACAGGAAGUAAUAGAUUACUGCUGACAUUACUACAGACAGAGCAAGGACACAGGAAGUAAUAGAUUACUGCUGAUAUUACUACAGACACAGAGUAAGGACACAGGAAGUAAUAGAUUACUGCUGACAUUACUACAGACACAGAGCAAGGACACAGGAAGUAAUAGAUUACUGCUGACAUUACUACAGACACAGAGCAAGGACACAGGAAGUAAUAGAUUACUGCUGACAUUACUACAGACACAGAGCAAGGACACAGGAAGUAAUAGAUUACUGCUGACAUUACUACAGACACAGAGCAAGCACACAGGAAGUAAUAGAUUACUGCUGACAUUACUACAGACACAGAGCAAGGACACAGGAAGUAAUAGAUUACUGCUGACAUUACUACAGACACAGAGCAAGGACACAGGAAGUAAUAGAUUACUGCUGACAUUACUACAGACACAGAGCAAGGACACAGGAAGUAAUAGAUUACUGCUGACAUUACUACAGACACAGAGCAAGCACACAGGAAGUAAUAGAUUACUGCUGACAUUACUACAGACACAGAGUAAGGAUACAGGAAGUAAUAGAUUACUGCUGACAUUACUACAGACACAGAGCAAGCACACAGGAAGUAAUAGAUUACUGCUGACAUUACUACAGACACAGAGUAAGGACACAGGAAGUAAUAGAUUACUGCUGACAUUACUACAGACACAGAGUAAGGACACAGGAAGUAAUAGAUUACUGCUGACAUUACUACAGACACAGAGUAAGGAUACAGGAAGUAAUAGAUUACUGCUGACAUUACUACAGACAGAGCAAGGACACAGGAAGUAAUAGAUUACUGCUGACAUUACUACAGACAGAGCAAGGACACAGGAAGUAAUAGAUUACUGCUGACAUUACUACAGACACAGAGUAAGGACACAGGAAGUAAUAGAUUACUGCUGACAUUACUACAGACACAGAGCAAGGACACAGGAAGUAAUAGAUUACUGCUGACAUUACUACAGACACAGAGUAAGGAUACAGGAAGUAAUAGAUUACUGCUGACAUUACUACAGACACAGAGCAAGGAUACAGGAAGUAAUAGAUUACUGCUGACAUUACUACAGACACAGAGCAAGGACACAGGAAGUAAUAGAUUACUGCUGACAUUACUACAGACACAGAGCAAGGACACAGGAAGUAAUAGAUUACUGCUGACAUUACUACAGACACAGAGUAAGGAUACAGGAAGUAAUAGAUUACUGCUGACAUUACUACAGACAGAACUAGAAUGACGGGUUUCUGAGCUGCUACUGAUUUAAAAUAUUCAAUAAAAACAUUUUCAUUUAGAAAGAUAAAUAUUAAACAAAUAUAAUGAUAUUUUCUGUUUAUGUUCCAUGGAAAUAUUGAGUUAAAGUCAUUUAAUUAUCAUAAAUAUUGAGUUAAAAUUAUUAAAUUAACAUAAACAUUGAAUUAAAUUCACAGAUAUUUAGUUAAAGGUUGAUGCUACAGAUACGGACCCGUUAAGGUCACUGAAGAGCUGGCGCCGGUUAACUACUAUUUGCUGCACAUUACAGGCAGUUUAUAUGAAUGACGUUGACGGCGAACAUUGUAUAAUUUAACCAAAAAUACACCGUCUCCUCUCACACUUUAUUACCAAGCCGGCUCAUUAAUAUUUAUGUCAGUCGGAUUACCAGCCAAUCACAAAGCGCGUUCAUCAGCCGACUCAUUAAUAUUCAUGUACGUCUCAUUAAUAUUUAUGAUAAGGGAAAGUGCCGUAUCCGUAGGCCACAGGCUACGGGUACGGGUCCGUAUCUGUAGACACUACCUUAGUUAAAGUCAGUAAAUUCAUAAAAGUAUUCACUUAAAAUAAAAAAAUUCACAUAAAUAUUGAGUUAAAGUAAUUUAAUUAUCAUAAAUAUUGAGUUAAAAUUAUUAAAUUAACAUAAACAUUGAAUUAAAUUCACAGAUAUUUAGUUAAAGUCAGUAAAUUCAUAAAAGUAUUCACUUAAAAUAAAAAAAUUCACAUAAAUAUUGAGUUAAAACAAUUAAAUUCAUAGAGAUGUUGAGGUAAAUUAAUUCAGUUCAAAAGAAAUAUUCACUUAAAGUAAUUACAUUUACGGAAAUGUUGAGUUAAAUUCACAGAACUACUGAGUUAAAUCAGUUAAAUUCCCACAAAUGUUAACUAACUUAUUCAAAAAUGACACAGAUAUCAGGUUGAAAUAGUUAAAUUCACAGGAAAUACGGUAAAAACUAUCAAAAUCAUUGAUUCUAAGCUUCCCACAAAUUUAAAAAACAUCCCUUUGAAGUUGUUAAACUGGCAUUGUUCUGACAGUUCAUUGUUGAUCUAUUGUUGAUUUAUUGUUGAUUUAUUGAUCCAUUGAUCAGUAGCAGCUUCUAAACCCUUCACUUAAACGUGUUGCUGCUGAUUUAAACUCAGAGUCUGAUGAUAAAAUCAGACAGAAAAGACUCUCAGAUUAAAAUAAACAUUUAUUGUCUUCAUUGCGCUGCACAGAAAGAAUCAGUCCAUGCAGGAAGGAUUCGUAUGUUUGGAAAACACGUAGAAGUCUAGUUUGACCUCAAGGUUGUGAUUCCUGCUGAAACAGAGAAAAGAAUCAGGAUGAAUCUAAUCAUCAAUAAAUCACAGAAUCAUAAGAAUUCUCCACACAAAUCAGAUCUAUCCACAGGAUGGACGAAAUCUGUUCAGUAAUGUGAUGAAAUAAAAUAAACAACAAAAUAAACACGACACUUCAAUCUGA